AUGGAUGAUGGCCCUAAUGGGAUGGGAUGGGGGCCCUGGGCAUGGGUCCAUGCCCGUAUGACUGCACCAGCUCUUAUGCGUUAUUUGCCUCUAACCUUAAUUUCAACUCAGCAACUGAUUCAAUUAUCAGUCAUUUUUGAACUAGUAGGAAGUGAGAGUGAAAAGCUACUAAGUGCCGUUUAUAGUAUACCAUGGGAAUGUAUGGACACAAGUAAUAGAAAAUUCGUUUCUUUCUUCCUAAUGAAUGCUAGGGAGCCAAUACAUGUGAAAGCCCUGGGUAUUGCCAAUGUUGGUGUCAUGUCUAUGGCUGCGAAUGAAAGUAUUAAAUUACCUAGUUACUAUAAGAAUUUAAGUAAAUUUUUCAAUGUUUCUAAGCUCGAUGCAAGCAUGUGUAGGCAAGCAUUUGUAGGCCACCUGCUCACUUUGUGA